AUGUUUAAACCAACUGACUAUACUGUGGGCUGGGUCUGUGCCUUAAAGACCGAGUAUGUCGCCGCUAUAGCAUCUCUCGAUGAAAGGCAUGACCGUCCUACCGAGCUACCAUCUGCCAACCAAAAUGACUACACCCUGGGAAGGAUUAAGAAUCACAACGUGGUCAUAUCUGUGCUGCCAAUGGGCGAGUACGGCCUCUCCUCUGCAACACAGGUGGCAGUGAGCAUGAUGCACGCCUUCCCGAACAUUCGCGUCGCCCUAAUGGUUGGCAUCGGCGGUGGUGUGCCGAGCCCAAAGCAUGAUAUCCGACUUGGAGAUAUUGUCGUUGGCACACCCAGUAACGGUCAGGGCGGCAUCCUUCAGUAUGACUUUGGCAAAGUAAUCCAGGGUCAGGAUUUCAAGCAAACGGGCUUUCAUAACCAAGCACCUACAUUGCUGCGCGGCGCAGUAAACGGGCUUGCGGCUGAUUAUGACAUGGAUGGCAACCAAAUUGAAGAUGUCGUUAAUAAGAUUCUUGCGACGAAACCCCGAUUGAAGAAGAAAUAUUCGCGCCCCGAUCCGGCGACCGAUCGACUAUAUAAGAGCGACUUUCUACACCCUUUCGAAAACGAAUCACCUUGCGCUACCGUCUGUAGGGAGGACGGCUCUUCCCUAGUUUCACGGACCCCACGCGCCGAGGAGGAGGACAAUCCAGCCAUCCAUUAUGGCCUAAUUGCAUCCGCAAAUAGUCUAAUGAAGGAUGCUAAAAUCCGAGACGCAUUCGCGAAGCAAAACGAUGUUCUGUGCUUUGAGAUGGAAGCUGCUGGUUUAGUCAAUCACUUUCCUUGCUUAGUGAUCCGUGGUAUCUGUGACUAUUCCGACACGCACAAGAAUAAGGAAUGGCAGGGCUACGCUGCUAUGACGGCAGCUGCAUACGCAAAAGAGCUGUUGUAUAAGAUCGUUCCUCAGGUUGUUGUGCAACAGGAAACGGUCGCCACUGUCGUGAAGGAAGGUGAUACCUAUAAUACGAAUAUCACCAAUCUUUUGAAGGAAGGUGAUGGCCAUAACCAUAUCACAUUUGCAGGCAAUAAUUCUGGUUUUCAGGUUGGUAUGAACCGUGGUUCGAUCAGCGGGACGAGUUUUGGACGCACUGGAGCUUAG